CUUAUCUGAAAACCUCAACUACAGAGGGAUCAACAGUUUCAAAGCUGAACAUCUGUGAAAUAGUCAGAUUCAUUUCUCUGCUACAUUUUUCCUAUACAACACUAUGAUUUUUAGUGACUGAAGUAGACUUAAAAUGACAACAGCAAGUUGAAUUCAUAACUCUGACAAAGAACUUUAAGCAUUCUGUCAGAUCAUCAAAAUUCAUAAACCAGGAGACCCCUCAGACCCAUAGUGUCACUACCUGGAACACCAACCUAUAGAUUAGCCAAGGAACUACACCAAAGACUAAAACACCUAGUAGAAGACUCCUACCACUCCAUUCGCUCCACCCAAGAAUUCCUGAACACCAUCAAAGACACCAAGAUAGAAGAGGAUGAAAUAAUGGUCUCCUUUGACGUAACAGCCCUGUUCACAUCCAUUAACAUCAACCUGGCCAAAGAAACACUGACUACACUAUUAGAAGAACCGAAGACACAUACACCAGACACCACCAACCUCAUCAGCAAGGACAACAUCAUCAAGCUAGUGGACCUAUGCCUCACCACCCACUUCACUUUCAAUAACAAAACCUACAGACAAACCAACGGUACACCCAUGGGAUCUCCGAUAUCGGGGUUCUUAGCAGAGGCAGUAAUGCAGAGACUCGAACAAACAGCUCUGCCAAUCAUCCAACCCAAACUUUGUGUCCGCUAUGUGGAUGACACCUUUGUCAUCACUAAACAAAACAAAUUAGAGGAAACCUUCAAGACCAUCGAUAAUACCCUUAACUGGCAUAACAUUCACAAAAGAGGAGGAAAACAACAGCAAACUGCCAAUCCUAGAUGUCACAGUAGAGCGAACAGCCAAUGGGGAACUUCAAACCAGCGUCUACAGGAAAACAACACAUACAGACCAAAUACUGAACUACAGGAGCAACCAUCCCAACACCCACAGGCGAAGCUGCAUUAGAACAUUAUUCCAACGAGCCACCACACACUGCAGCACAGAGGAACUACGCAGAGCAGAGGAAAAUCACCUAUACAGCGUAUUCAAAAAGAAUGGGUACCCUAUGAACACAGUCCGCCGAUUCCUCAGCAACAAACCCAAACAAACAGACAAA